UAUGUAUAAAAAUGCGCAGUAAUUAACUCCCUACAGAAUAUUCUUUUUUUUCAAAAAUGGCUCUUCGUUUGAGGCAUAUUUGGUGGUUUUUUGUUGCUGCUGGCGUAGCAGAUGUGGUCCGCGGGCAGUCGUCUGGGUGCGCAAGCAACUAUGUCGGCUUAGGUGGUUAUUCCUCGACCGGGUACGGCACGAAUCCAUCCUCAUCUAACGGUUUUUGUGGAAUUGGCAAUGCUGUCAAGGGACAAACCGUGGAUCUCGAUAGGUUAACGGGAACAUGGUACUCGUACGCCACCUGGACGCCAGAUACCAAUGCCAGCGAUGUGGACAGUGUAGUCAGCAACACUAUUAACUUCUAUCGCAUUCUGGGCAAAGGGCUCUUCCCGACGACCACGAUACCGGCAGCCAUUAUGGUCCAGGAGCAGCUAUUCUACAAUAAUGCCUCCGAUACGACGUGCCGUUCGAGUCGGGAAAUCUGCUACAUGACCACCGAUGGACGCCAGAUCGGUGUGUACUUUAAUCCCCCGAAUCCUGCCCGAAACAGGAGCGAAUCAGCCGGUGUGGAUAGCUCCAUUGUUCUGGCGACGGAUUAUGAUACGUACGCCAUUUUCUAUUUGUGCUACGCGACAAACAGCAGUUCGGGUUUAUGCGCUUAUCCCGAUAUCUAUGUUAAUACCAGAAAAAAACCGACGGACAUCACGGCGAGCGACCGGCAAACGAUAAGCGGCGCCGUCAACGCUGCUGUGAAGCCAUACUGUCUGGAUGUCAACGCUUUUCAACUCUCGCUCUGGAGCACAAAUAAGCCGGACUGUCCCCGGGUGGAUCCCUCGCCGUGCUAUACAACCGUAGCCAAAGGGUUCAACGAUACGAUAGAAGCCUUCCCGGACAAACAACCCGAACUGUGA